AUGGCGGAUCCUUCGUCACUGCUGAAGACAUGGUUGCAGCGAGACAAGAAGCUCGUGACCUAUCGCCUGCUUAGCCGCGAGCUGCGCAUUCAUGUCGACGAAGCCAAGAAGGCGCUCUCCACCUACUUUGAGUCGCAGAAGGACAAGUCGGACAUUGACGCCACAUACAUCCUCAUCGGUCGGCCGACAGCGCCUGUCGAGGAAAAGCCCGCUGGCAACGUAGCAUUUCAGGGAGAAGGUGACCAGGAUGAUGACAAGCUUGUUGGAUCCUCCUCGACGCCCGGCUCUUCUACGGCGCCCGCUCGCAGCUUCCUCGACUCCCGAGUGACACGCCGCCAGACUCAAGCUGAUGUUGCGCGCCAGGUCAUCCGUCUUGUGCCGGUUGAGCAGCUGGACGAAGCACGCUCAGCCAUGGAAGAAGUCACCUCCUGCCACAUCUACUCAAUAUCGCCAGGCCGUCUCCGUGAUGCCGCGCAGCUCACAGCAGUCCAGCACGACUUGCAUCAACAGCAGAAAUACGUUGACACUUGGCAGCAGACCAAUCGUGGAGUCGAGUUAGGCGUGAUCCUCAACCCAUCGAUCAAGGACAACUACGAUCCGUCCAAGGCGAUCCCGAGUCUGGGAGCUGCAAGUGCGCCUGCUCUCGGUGCGAGCAAGGAUACCAAGUCGACAAAUAGCAGUGCGACCAAGAGUCAAGUCAAACAGGAGCCAGACGUCAAGCCCUCGACGAUGGCAAAGGCAUCGACAACAGCGCCUUCGGCCUCGGCUGGCAGCAAGAAGAGCGGCCUGGACUGGAGUAAAGCAAAGUCGAACCAGUCCGACUCGAAAGCAACCGCUGCUGUCAAGAGAGAGGCGCCCAGCUCUACCAAACGCCCAUCAGCGAGGAAAGCAUUGUUGGGAAGUGACGACGAGGAUGAUGACGACAACAGCCGACGCAAGCCCAUUCUCGUCGACGAUGACGAUGAUGAUGACGACGACAAGCCCGCGAAGCUCGGCUAUGCGGACGAUGACAGUGACGACGACAUUCAGAUGACGGAUCCAAUUCGAGGCGCGGCGCCGAGAGGCACGGGCAAGCGUGCGGAUGCCAGAUCGCAGACCAAGUCGCAACAGGCUGCUCAGCGCAAAGAGCUCGAGGCGAUGAUGGACACGGAUGACGACGACGACGGUGUGCAGAUUGUCGAGCCCAGCGGCGCCAAAGAUGACACUAAGACGGGCCAAGGCAAGGACCUCGAACCCGACGUCGAGAUGGCCGACUCGACCGUCACAGACACCAUGAACGGCACAGCCGCACCCAAGCGUCGCGUGCGCAAGAAGCGCAAGAUCGGCAGCAAAAAGGUGCGCAGCAAAGACGAACGCGGAUACACAGUCACCAAGACGGUCGACGAGUACGAGUCGUAUUCGUCGGACGAGUCGGAUGCGCCCGUGGUGGUCGGGUCGAAGCGUGGAACUGCAGCGGCGAAACAGCAACAAGCAGCAGCGUCAAAGGAAACGGCAGAUUCGAGAUCCACAUCGACCUCUGCGAGUGCAAGCCCGGCUCCUUCCGCGCCCGCCAAGGCGACGCCGGCAUCCAACAACUCGACGCUGCGCAAGCCUUCUGGAGGCGCCACACCUACACCGGCCAAGAAGGGUCAGCAGAGCUUGAACAGCUUCUUCACACGCAAGCCCAAGAAUUGA